UAAAUCGUGGGAGUUGCAGGUAAAAUAAGACAGAUCUGCGAUUACAAGACAACUUCUUAAAGGACCUUCGCAAAAGCAACAGAAGACUUUAAAAACAACUACCUGAACGCCCCGUCUUAUAAUCGAAGCGGCAUUAUCUCUGCACUGACAUUACCGAAAAUGACCAUCAUUUUGAAGUCGUGGACCGUCGUCGCCACCGUGCUGUUGUGCGUACUUCUAUAUCUCGGCACCUUCGUUGACGCUUACCCGCCAAAGCCGGAGAACCCGGGGGAUGACGCGGCCCCAGAAGAGAUGGCGAAAUACUACACAGCUCUAAGACAUUACAUCAAUCUCAUCACGAGACAAAGGUAUGGGAAGAGGUCCACUCCAGAGGGAGGAAUGGCUGACCUGCUGUUUGGAGAGAGUAACGAGCACAACCAGAGAUCAAGAUACGAGGACUCGUACAUGUGGUGAUGGUGUUUGUGUCCUGCCAGCGACCCAACCACACUCUGCUUUCCUGUGCCUCCCACAGCAAGCCUGCAGAACGCCACAUUUCAACUAAAACCCUUUCCAUUAUCCUCACACAGAUCAACUCAACCUUCUCGCAUUAAACCUGUACAUAAUUUAUUACUGAACAUAGAAUAUUAAUAUAUAUGUUCACAAUUCACUGUCUUACAGAUGAUAUAUUCUUUUCGUUUGUACAUAUCAAUGACUGUGAUUAAAAGUUUACUUGAUGACAUGCUAUCUGAA